AAUCAAAAAGAACUUUGUAAGCAAAGAAGUUGAAAAAAAUUUCAAGUGAAAUUAAAAUAAUCUUUUAAAGCCAAAGGAAUAAUAAUAAUUAAAUCAAAAUGCCACGAAGAGGACGAAGUGCAUCUCCACCACCAGCUCAACGCAGACCAAUGGCUACUUCUGCCCCACAAAGACCACAACAACAAGCUAGACCAGCUCCCCCACCUGCACCAGUUCAAGCUGCUCCAAGCGCAGUCGCUCCAGCAGCUGCACCAGUAUCACAGGGCCCUGGUUUAAUGGCUAAUAUUGCUUCCACAGCAGCUGGAGUAGCUAUCGGGCAUACAAUGGGUCAUGCAAUCACAGGAAUGUUCUCAGGUUCUGGAUCAGACUCACAGCCACAACAACAACAACAAUCAGCAGCUCCAAUUGCUCAACAGCCACAAUAUGCAGCUUCGAGUGAUCAACAAACACCAUCUGGACCUUGUGCAUGGGAAGUUCGUCAGUUCCUUCAGUGUGCCCAACAGCAAUCAGAUUUGACAUUAUGCGACGGUUUUAAUGAAGCUCUUCGACAGUGCAAAUCGUCUAAUUCUAUGUAAAUUAAUUUUGUGGAUGGAUUAUGAAUGUGCUGUUUUUUUUGUUAUCACAAUCGCCUCGUACUUUCUUUUUGCUUGUCAAACAGUUCGUACAUGACUAUUUUUUUAAAAUCCUUUGUUUUCUGCUGCAAUAAAUCCAUGGAAUUGAAUUUUUUAUAAUUUAUCUGACUUUAUGUUUAACACAAAUACAAAUCCUUCCAUAAAUGGAUGAGAUAAAGUUCAAAUAGAAUAUUGAAAUGAAAAAUCUUAGAUGGAUUGUAAAC